AUGGCUGCCUCUGUCCAACCCCAGCCCUACAUCCCCGCCUUCGACAAGGCCACUUCCGAGGCCGCUCGCCAAGGUGCAGCUUCCUACCUGCAGUCCCGCCUGGCCGCAGGGAAGGCAGAUGCAGCCAAAGCCUCGCCUUUCACUGUCCCGACAAUCGAUCUGAGCCAAUCCUUCUCCGGCGACCUGGCCGCCCGCCUCGCUGUCGCAGACCAGAUCCGAACCGCGUGUACCGGCUCGGGAUUCUUCACCAUCACCGGCCAUGGCGUGCCCGAGGACGUGUGCGCCGGCAUCCUUGACCAGGCCCGCCGCUUCUUCCAUGAGCUAAGCCCGGAGCAGAAAGACGCCAUUCACAUGCGUCAGAGCACCCUGCACCGUGGCUACGAGCCGCCAGCGUACACGACCUUUGUCGAGGGCAACGGCUCCGAGAGCAAGGAGGGCUUCAAUUGGGGCUACGAGGAGAAGCUCGACGCCACCGGCGGCGACGGCAAGUACGUCGAGCUGGACGGCAGGAAACUCGGCCCCGGCGAAACGGCGAACCUCUGGCCCAAGGAGGAGGACUUGCCCGGCUUUUUCGACGGCGUGAAGACUUACUACAGCCGGGUGCUGGGGCUGGCGAGGCAUCUCUUCAGGCUCUUUGCGUUGAGUUUGGGCUUGGAGGAGACCUACUUCGAUGCCAUGACCACCCACCCCGGUGGCAUUGCCCGGCUGAUGUACUACCCCGCCAAGGAGAAGGACGUCGAGAUUAAGGAAGGGGAUGACAAGAUUGGCCUGGGCGCCCACUCGGAUUACGAGUGUUUCACCCUUUUGCUGCCGAGCAGCACGCCUGGCUUGGAGAUUUUGAGCCCGGAGGGUAAAUGGGUGCCUGUGGGCAAGGUUGAGGGUGGUUUGAUUGUGAACGUGGGCGAUUUCCUGAUGAGGUGGACGAAUGAUAUGUACAAGAGCACUGUGCAUAGGGUCGUGAACAGGACAAAGGAGGCGAGAUACAGUGUCCCGUUCUUCUUCAGCAUCAACUACGACCAGAAGGUCAAGACAUUGCCAAACUGCGUCUCGGAAGACACCCCUUCCAAGUACCCGCCAAUCAGGGCUGGUGAGUAUAUUCUGGAGCGUGCCAACGCUAUCACUAAGGAUGGUGCUGGAUCGUAUGGAAACGGCGACGUUUUCUAG